ACAAUUUACCAGCAAUCGAAGUAGUCAUUCGCUAGCGAACAGUGAAGCAGUGAAAACCUUCUCGCGGAUUUCGGAAGAUAGUCGGAGUGCUUUUUUUUGGAAAACUGUCUUCGGUGGAAAAGUUUCCCAAAGGAAUAAUUAGCAGUGAGAAUUUUCUUUGUUUCGUAAUAACGCGCGCGCGAUUCUUGCGGGUACUGCAGGAAUAUUUCCCUAUUGGAAUUUUCGAAACGAGUUUGUGCUUCGAAUGCGCAGGAAAGGUGCUUAGUGAAGUAUUUAUCAAACUUUAGUGCGAUUUAAAGUGUGACCAAAUAGUUCAGCUUUCGGCAAGUGUUGAAUAAAGCAAAGCAGAGGAAAAUGAGGCCCCCAUCGCACUUUGGUAACGACAUUACCAAUACCGCGUCCAACGACGGAAACAACAAUAACAACAACAGCAACAACAACGGAAGUGGAGAUGACAAUAACAAUAACAACAGUAGCACAAUUGUGGCCCGUCUGACAGAGAUGGGAGCAACGAUGAUGUUUCCCAAGACCGCCGGACGCGGAAUCAUACGGGUCGUGGAGCGAUGCGAUGACGCCAAAGAGAACAAUAAUUUAGAUCUCUCUGAGUGUGAACUGAUUCAGGUUCCGGACGCAGUUUACCAUCUUAUGAGACACACUGAACUGAAAACCUGUGAUCUUAGCGGUAAUGUCAUCACGAAAAUUUCGCCCAAGUUUGCCAUCAAGUUCAGUUUGAUCACAGAUCUCAACCUGUCGCACAACCAGUUGGCCAAACUGCCGGACGAGCUGGCCGAUCUGCAUUCGCUGGAGAUGCUCGAUAUCUCGUACAACUCCUUCAUCACGCUACCUGCCGUCGUGUUCAAGAUGCCCAAGCUGCGGGAACUGCGGGCCCACAACAAUGCCAUCAUCGACAUCGAUCGGGAUGAGAUCAUCACGUCCGACUCGCUGGAGCUGGUCGAUCUGAGACACAACCCGCUGACGGCGAUGUGUCACGAACUGCUCAACAAUGCCAACGUCACCUUCCGGAUCCAGCUGUCCGAGCGGGAAAAGGAAGAUUGGGAAGAUCUGACAAUCUGAGAGCUGGCUUUCCCUAGCAAGCCGUUAGCAACCCUGCCCGGUUUCACAGCCAGUUAGCCCAGUAGGUAUUUAAGAGUAUUCAGUUAACAGUUUUGUUUAUUAGUUUCUUUUGUAUACAUUCUACGAAGAUCGUACCAGAAAUCUUUCUAGAGUUAAGGACAAACUAUUCUCAGAACAAAUCCUACUUGUAUGCAUAGACUCGCUCAAAAGUUACUUAAUUUAGUGAGAUUUGAGAGUUUAUCGUUAAGUGAUGUACCAAAAGUGUCGAGUGGCGAUUUCUGCCGUGAGGAAUUGACACCAUAAUUGUAUAAAGGAAAGCAAUUGUAUUUAGCGACUGUAAAAACAAACACUAACCCGUACUGUAUUAUACAUCUAUGAGUGAAAAAAUAAUGGUGUGACAAAGCAAGGCUUGUGUACGUAACAGGAAACAAAAAAAUCAAUGAUGAAUGAGGAAAAUUUUUGAUCUAGUCAUUCGGAAUGAGGCAUACAAGGGAAAUGGUGGAAAUUGAAAUGAUCAAAAUUUUUGUCGCAUACAGGGAAAAAGGAAACGUGUCACAGUUUUGCAUAAUUUAUGAAUUAACGUGAGUGAUAUUACUUGUUAGUUAAGUAAGUUUACUGAUUCGGAUUCGGAAGGGCAACCAUUAUAAGAAGUGUGUGUGUUUACCGAUAGGACAAAUUGUGAUGUGCAAUAGCAAUAUCGAAUGCUAGUUUUGGACGAAAAUUUCCCUACAGAACGAUGAAUAAAACAUACGUUGAUGGAA